AGCCAAGCUGUGUCACCCCUGAGAGGCACGGGCCAGAGUACCAGGACCCAGUAUGCAGACACGGCUUCUAAGAACACUGCUCAGUUUGACCCUCAGUCUCCUCAUCCUGAGCAUGGCACUGGCCAAUCGUGGCUGCUCCAACUCUUCCUCUCAGCUCCUCAGCCAGCUGCAGAAUCAGGCGAACCUCACGGGGAACACAGAAUCACUCUUGGAGCCCUAUAUCCGCCUCCAAAACCUGAACACACCUGACCUGAGAGCUGCCUGCACCCAGCACUCUGUGGCCUUCCCCAGUGAGGACACACUCCGGCAACUGAGCAAGCCUCACUUCCUGAGCACUGUGUACACCACACUGGACAGAGUCUUGUACCAACUGGAUGCUUUAAGACAGAAAUUUCUGAAGACUCCGGCUUUUCCAAAGCUGGACAGUGCCCGGCACAAUAUCCUCGGCAUAAGGAACAAUGUUUUCUGCAUGGCCCGGCUGCUCAACCACUCCCUGGAGAUACCUGAGCCCACACAGACAGACUCUGGGGCCUCACGGUCCACUACAACACCAGAUGUCUUUAAUACCAAGAUAGGCAGCUGUGGCUUUCUCUGGGGAUACCAUCGCUUCAUGGGCUCAGUGGGGAGGGUCUUCAGGGAAUGGGACGAUGGCUCCACACGCAGCCGGAGACAGAGCCCGCUCCGGGCCCGGCGCAAGGGAACCCGCAGAAUCCGGGUCCGGCACAAGGGAACCCGCAGAAUCCGGGUCCGGCGCAAGGGAACCCGCAGAAUCUGGGUCCGGCGCAAGGGAUCCCGCAAAAUCAGACCUUCCAGGAGCACCCAGAGCCCGACGACCAGGGCCUAGGUUCCCUGGUAGCCUGAGGACACACUGACAGACAGCAUAGUCUGGUGAUACAGGAUGUCGCUCUCAGAGGCUUUCAAAGCUGCUUCUGUCACCAGGGGUCACACAGAAGAGCACUUUAAGGGGUGAAGUUGAGUGUCCCCUACUACCACUCAGGACUUCAAGGAUAGUGAGGUUAUUGUGUCCCCACUCCAAGCCUCCAGUCCUAGUGGGGUGGCUGGGUCGGACCACGUGGGGCCGGAGGUUUUCCAUUGAUUCAGGGGUCUGAUGACACAAGCUGAUUCACCACAGGGCUGGCUGGGCUGAACCCCUCGGGCUGUUGGUCCUUUCCUCUCAUGACUUGAAACUGUUUCCUCCAGACUUCCUCCUUUCCCUGUGGCUGGGUUCCAAAGAGAGGUCUGAUCCGGUGCUCUCUCUCAUGCCUUAUCCCACUCAGGACAGAUACCUGGACCUCUGGGUGACCUCACACUUGGCAGUUGCGACAGGGGCAGGGUGUCCUACCAAGGAACACUGAUCUGGGCGUUCAGGGAAGAGAGCUCAGAGCCUAGCUUGUUCCCUAAUUCUCUGUGUGACUGUGAGCAAGACACUUUAUUUAUCCGAAUGUCAGCGUUCUCUGUGGAAAGCUGUGUUGUGUGUGUGGGUCCUUAGGUAAUAGCCCCCUCUGCCUGUCAGCUGCUGGACUCUGACAUAGGGUGGACAUCAAAGUCUCUGUAAAUGGGAACCUGUGGUGCAAACGGUUGUGGGGUGUGUUUAUGGGAGAUCUCCCAGUGCCUAAAAGCCCUGUUUUGGGUCCUCGCUGCAUGAUGCUCCCUCUGGUGAUGUGUUGUGAAAUUUUUCACAGGCUGAACCAGUCCUCUUGAAAGGUCUCAGAAGCUGGUGAGCAAUUACUUGGAGGGACAUGACUAAUUUAUUGUUUUAUUUUUUAUCAGUUUAAUCCGUUUUAUAUUUAUAAGGCCUAUUUAUAAUGUAUAUUUAAUGUUAAUAUUUUGCUAACAUAUUUAAAACCUGUCUUGUUUCUAAA